CGACGAGAUUUUUGUCUUGUGAGCGUUCUACCAGGAAGGCUUUUGUUAUUAGCCCCAUCAACAGUACAACGUAGAGGGCACGCUGUAAAGAUAAAUACAGAAACCGGUUGCAAGAUGCCCGUGCUCGGCCACGAAGCCAACUGCCCUUCAGGAAAGGAAAGCGAUAAUUUUGUCGUUGCUCGGUUGAGGGCGUGGUAUCAUUCGCUACCACCGUAUUCGAUGGCGUCCCUCACGCGAUUUUACCUGCCGCUUGCCGGAGCAGUGAGCUAUUGCGCUUUUUCGGUGAAUGUAUUCGUGCCGCAACUCUUCAAUAGAUUUGUCCCAUUUACAUCGUUCAGCACGAAUAACUUCUUCCUGCUCAAUUCGCACUUAGGAGUUGGACUAUACAUCUUUUAUCGGCGACAUCUGUCAAGACUGGCUCUAUCUCAGCGCACCGUGUACACAAUCUACAACAGCGUACUCUUCAAUCUUGGCUCAGUGUUGCUGUGGGCCUUUAUGAAGGAUUUGAUUCCAUCGAAUGGAAUCGCGCGGUCAUGCUUUGCCAUGUCAAGCUCGAUAACAUUGCUGAACAUCGGCAUGGAAUACUUGGACCAUGUUGACGCCGAGUACCGUCUUUGAGAGUCGAGGCUUCAUAAUCAUUUAUAAAUUUGAUAAGCCAAACCGAAGUUGAUCUUUUGUGAAGAGUUAACUACAUGAUCAAGAUCUAGUAAGGGGUUUCAAUUACAAGGAUGACGUAGAAAUGGAACAAGUAUCCAAUGUUCGAUACGUGGACUAGCCUACAACGGAGAUGUAUAAUGAAGUGCGAAAGUGCUAUUGGGUUUGACAUAGCCAGUUAUCGUAUGUAGACAGAUAUCUACAGGUGCAGGCUGCUACAUCUUGCAUCAAGAUGCUCUACCUAUGUGAACGAAGCGGUCGUAAGAUUGCCAAAGUGUCCGAUAAAGCCAAUUGCUUGAAAACGUGUUCCAGUUACAAUAAGGGCCCAUUACUUGUUACUUGUGUUCACACUUUGUUUUGAUCACAUGGUUUAAGAAAUUAAUUUUAAUUAUUAAGGUUAUCAUGGUGAUACUCAAGUGUAAACCUUUUCAGCGAUCCUCGACUGGGUUGCAAUUCGAUUAUAUAGACAUUUUUCGUGAUCUUGAAUUAUUUCUUGCUUCUAUAGCGGGUCCACUCGCUUGCAAUGGACACGCUCGCUGAAGCUAAAGCAACUUGGUUUGUCAGUUGAUUUAUUUCCAUUUCAAGAGCAAACAAACAAAUAGGAACGCAUAAUGUUUUGUUGAACUAGAUACGGGCCCAGAUCAAAUUAAAUCUAUGAAAACUAGGUACGGUAACGCAAGUCGUACGUUUUAUUAGGAAGCAAAUUGUAUUCACACAGCAUAGAUAAACCGCUAUAUGCCAUAGAAAAAAAGGCUAUUGCAUUGAGUUAAAAUGAAAAUAAUUUUAUGUUAAGGUGAUUAUUUAUUUUACAUAAAAGAAAUAGAAAUCGACACGUCAAUUACACUAGCUCUUAUAGCUAAUAUAACUUAAAAAUCUUUACUUACCUAAUUAUUAAAUCUUGGAAGUCGCUUAGAAGGCGAAGGCUGAUACCAAAAUCAGUUUCACAAACUAAUUUAAAUAAUAGUUGAAACAAACUAAUCACCCGCAAUGCAACCUCGAUCCACUCGCAAAGUUAAUAUAAAAUCAUAUUAAGUGGUUCUUUUCACAUCAGUUAUGAGAAAACUACUGCACUCCGCUUCGUAUUUUUGCAUCGUAGUUUUAUUUCAGAUCUUUCAAGUUCGUUGUGUGUAGCUCAACCUGAAGUCUGCCGUAAGCAUUCAACUGCUUUGUUAAUUUUUUAAAAUUAUUUUAUUUUUUUGUUGUUUUAGACAUAUUUAUGUGAACGAUAUUGUAGAACGUACUUGGUUAUAAUGAAAAGCAAGUCUAUAGAACAAUUUAAGUAAUAAAAAUACUUCAUAAAGAAAAGGCAAGUGAUAGCAUUUAAGAAAUAUGGUUUUCAAAGCAGGCUUGAAGUAGUCGCCCACUGUCGAAAGUGUUUAUUGCAACAUUCAUUUAGCAUUAUUAAAUCACAUAAUUUAGGGAAAGUCUGGCGCGGACCUGCACAGACAUAUAUAUUAUAACGCACUGCCCAAUAUGUGCGUGUUUUAUCUAAUGGAAAACAUUUAAAAUCUUCGUAAUGAAUAGCUCAAAUGGAUCGGAUACGAGAUAGAGGACCCCUAGACAUGACUACAUACUAGAAAUAAGCGUCAGUGCAGACAUGCCAGAAUUAUGAUAAUCUCCGAUGAAUGCAACACAUGCCACCGGUGGGUACUUUUUCCCUUGUUGACCUAUAUUUCCUUUUUGCCAAUCGCAUAUAUUUAUUUCGCGCAUUGUAAAAAUUGUAUUUAUAUUUGGUGUCCUUUUAAUACCGUUCUUAAACUGUCCGAACGACCAAUAGCUGACUACCGAGAUGCAGACAAAAUUCCCGCAACGACUUCUGUUUGUUACAUUUACCUACUAUUUGUCUUAUUUCGUAUAUCAUUUCUUUGCGUCGUGUAAUAUCAAAUGCAACUGGGACACUAACAAGGAAUCAAAGAAAGAGGCGCCAGUUUUGAGAAAUUAAUAUUGCGACCGUGUUAGAUAGGAAAUAGGAAAUCGGAAAAAUACGGACUCUCUAGGGCGGUUGAGCGGUUGACGAGGAGCGGCGUGUGUGCCACGGAAGGGUGGUACAGAAUUUUUCUACCUAUCGUUAAUUUAAAUAUAACCGUAGAAUAUCUCGCUGCAUAUAUCGCAGUAAAUUAUAAAUAAUGCUAAGUGAAUGUUGGAGCACCUUGGUCUGUAGACGAACGCCUUGAACACCCAUUAAGAGCAGUAUUUUGGGCUUUAUGAACUGCUAUAAGUCAUGAUUGCUUAAUGGAAAGAAUAUAGCUUUUGUUUCGAUCAGUUGUUUCCUACUCGACAAUUUAAGCGAAUUUGUCUGAAGCGUCAGGGUGGCCGAUCUCAUGAGAUCAAAAGCAUGAAUAUACUUCUCUGUUAGUUAUAUUGAUUUAUAACAGUUAAUAAUAGUUUUGAGGUAAUUAGCCGAUGCUAGAUAUCUAGAAACAAAGGCUGUAUGAUCCGUAAGCCAACCAAUAAACUGUUAACAAUAAGUAACAAGAAUGGCUCUAGCAGGCGAAAACAGCACAAAUAAAUGUACGAGCCUAGUUAUUGCUAAGGUCCAUAUUUACGUUGACCCACUCUCACGUCCGAAGAUUGAUUCAGUUGAGGUAUAUUAUUGACGUCAAUUAGAAUUACACACAACGCCAAGUACUAACUCCGAAAAGAGAUAAGUGAUGUUCAUACACCAACGUGUACAAUAAAGGAUGUAAGAUACGAUUAACUGCAAAAAGUAGACUCAUUUUCAACUGCAACAUUUAACAUUAAUCUGAUAAAUCAACAUUCGAAAUGCAUCGAUGCUGAGAAUCACGUAUAUGGAUAUUGUAGGUGCGGACUUGAGCAAGCUGCUAGACUGGUUACCAUGAGGUCCCUACAAGGGUAUAUAGGUCAUUUGAGAGCUUAAAUACACCGCGCAACUACAUUCAGACAAGGCUGAUACAUUACGCUGCAUAUUCGGAAUCAUGCUAUGCAAGUCAUUGCCUACUGGAAGGCAAAAAAAAAGACGAAAGUGGGAUGGACCUGGAUAUCUGGGAGUAGCAUGAGCAGCUCAAGGCUUUACUUCUACCUGCCUGUUGAACCUGUACGAUGGGUUCUGAGAACCUAUAGCGGACACUUCGUAGUUUAGAAAGAACGUUUGCAUACGAGAACUUCAUAAAGGUAUGCUUUUGUUCGAAGCUGACAAAUGAUCAACCUCCAAAUACUUAGGAAAAUGAUUUCCUCUUAUAGUUAUGUUAUCUUUUGUCUAUUUGAAAGUUGUUCGAUCACAAGGCUAGAGAUGCUUUUAUAUGUACUAAAUUUAUACGGGUCUUGACACGGCUUUCAUCUGCAUCAGCGACGAAAACAAGUUACUCAAGAUUCGGCCUAUAUGAACAACAUAAAAGAAAAAACACUCUUUUUCGGCUUUAAGCGCCAUCCGAAACAAAAUAUGUUUUUCUGUCUGUUUUACUUUUUAUCUACAGAGUUCCAGCAAUCUUUUUGAUAUGGUAGCGCACUUGCUAGGUAAACACUGUUUUAUUUCUGUUAUUUAUUACUAUAGACACGUUAUUUAGACAUCCAAAAGACUGUGCGUGCCUAAUAAUUGUUCGUUUGAAUUCGCCAA